AAACUUACCACUCUCUGAUCAUAGAAACCUUUCAACUAAUAAUCAAAAUGUUGUUUUAUUUGUUUGGUCUUACAUUGUAAAUUUUAUAAACAUUUAUGUAGCCUUAAAGGAAAAUAUCCUCCCUUUUUAACAUCACCCCGCAGACUCCAAACUCCAACCGGCAAGAUGCCCAAGAAAGGUAAGGGUAAGGGGAAAAAAGACAAGGCAAAGUCCAAGUCGAUCGCCCAAACCUCGGUCAUAACUACGACUGUAGUUGUCCCCAAGGAGCCAGUUUUCGAUAGAAAACUGCCCGUUUUUUCCUUCGAUUUCGUGAUGACGCGUCUAGAUGUGACUGGUGUCCAGUUGACCGAUCCCCGCAAGCUUGUCGUGUCGGUUACAUUUGGGGGUAACCAUUUCGAUCUAACGGCCAGCAAGACAAAGGUCGACGUGUUCGAUUCCAAUGCCACCCUGACCUUCCAAAAGGAGCCCAAGGAUCUCGCAAAUGACAUCGUGGAGAACGGCCUGAGCUUCGAGGUCUGCUAUGAUAGCGAGGUGGUGGGUGUGGGCAAAGUCCGUCUGCCCAGGAAACUGACCAAUAGCAUCAACCUGGACAUGACCGAGUUCUCCUACACGCGCACUUGUCGUUUGGAAAUGGGAGGCAAGCCCAAGGGCAAGCUCGAGUUUCUCUGCAAGCUAUUCAUCAAGUGCGGAGACUAUGCCAGGGUUGGCGAGACCUGUCGCAAUUUGGAUACGAACAUUAGCCCUCAGGACAUAGUGUUUGUCAUUGGAAAGUCGAAGAAUCAUCCCAACUUAUGCGAUCCCUGCCGUGAAGCUCUGGAGAUCGCGGCGAAAAAGGAGAAGGACUAUGUUAUCCAAUCGAGUCCUAAUCACAGAUAACCGGUGAUAACGGGAAGGGAGGUAUUGAUUAAUAUAUAAUGGCUGAUUCAAUGUAAAACCAAUAAA